AAAUUGUCCAAUUUAAAACAACCUGUCUGGAUCCUUCUUUAAUUCUGUUUCCAAAAAUAAGAACUGUAUUGAACUCAGCGGGAGAUGCAAAAUGUACUUAUGUUAGUCAGGGUGUCUGAUCGUCAUAUGAAUGUAUGAGACGUUUCAAAUGAGCCUCAUCCAUUUUUCUUUAAAACGUCCCAGCCAAACCGGACUUCAUAUUUAGAAUAUUAAUGGUCAAAAAUAAUUCUUUAGUAAUUGUACACUCCCUGCCCCCCCCCCUCCGAAACCACCAAAGGAUUUUUUUCAGGCAUCUGAUUUUGAAGUAAAGUAUUCCCUUUGCGUCUCCCAUGACUGCCGUGACUCGCUCCGCCUCGUACCGAGCCGUCAUUCUCAGCCGUCUGUGAUGAAACUCACUUCAGCUGGGCUGGACGGGCACCUGCGCCAAGCUGUCCUUGGGAUGAUAUUUAUUUCUCUAGUCUUUUCUUCAUCUGAAGAUUUCCAGCAGAUUGUUUGAAAGGGUAGGAUCACAGCUAUGAUGACCUUUGUAGAUUGAUAUUUUUGCUGAAGUUGACAUCAGCAUCUUCCGACAAGGGAGUUAAGGGAUCAUUUGAGCAACUGCUGACUUUUUUUUUCAGUCGAACUUGAAAAUCUGUGAAGUACCUCUUAGCUGCAUACUUGUAAUCAUAAACUGGGAACGCAAGAAUAAAUCCUUGAACAAUACACACACCAGCACAAGAGUCAUUCAGGGCUGCUGGGUCACCUGGGAUCAGAUUACAAUAUGAAGUAUUUGGUUUAUAAUCUGGCCUGCUUCUGCUCCAAAGUUGACUGCACAAUGCCCCGCUAUAAAUGGAACUCUGUGGCGUUAAUAGCCGUGUUGUUACUCCAGGGCAUCAUUACAAUCCUGCUGAUAAGUUCGAACAAAUGGUGGAAUCUGGUCCCAGAAAAGGUCAAUAUUUCGCACAAGCUACCGCUUCCCAAAGCCAAGGUGCAUGUGCUGCUGCUGUCGUCGUGGCGAUCAGGUUCCUCCUUCCUGGGACAGGUGUUCAGUCAGCACCCAAACGUGUUCUACCUUAUGGAGCCAGGAUGGCACGUGUGGUCGACGCUGAACUGGCCUGGGGCUCUGGCUCUGCAGGUUCCAGUGCGUGACCUCCUACGUAACGUAUUUCAGUGCGACUUGUCUUCGUUUGAGGCCUACACCCCUGCAAAGCGCAACGUCUCCCACCUCUUCAUGUGGAGCCAGAGCCGGGCCCUGUGCUCCCCACCAGCCUGUUCCCUCAAUCCACAUGGGCCCUUCCACAGUUCAACUGACUGUGCGCGCCAUUGUGACACAUUCGGAUUCAAGAGGGCCCAAGAGGCCUGCCGAAGUUACAGCCACGUGGCGCUCAAGGAGGUGCGUUUGUUUGACCUACAGCCAUUGUACCCGCUGCUUCAUGAUCCUACCUUAGAUCUCCGCAUCAUUCAUCUAGUGCGUGAUCCACGGGCUGUGGUCCAAUCCCGACUGCAGGCAGGGGCAUUUCUGCGGAGGGACGACACACUAGUCCUGGAGAUGGGCAAUGCCCGCUCCCCUGAUGCCAUCUUCCGCGUGGUGCAGGAGGUGUGUCGCGGCCAGGUGCGGAUCCACAAGAUGGCCUCGCUUCAACCGUACAGCAAUCGGUACCGCCUUGUGCGGUACGAGGAUAUGGUUCGCGACCCGCUGAAGGAAAUCGAGAAUCUGUACAAAUUCACCGGACUACAGAUGACUUCAUAUUUGAAGGACUGGAUCCACCACGUCACCCACGGCAAGAGCCAAAAGGGACCCAUCUUCCAAGUGAGCUCAAGGAACGCUGCCAUGGUGUCUGAGGCCUGGAGGGUCAAGCUGCCCUACAGCAAAGUGCGCCGCAUCCAGGAUGUGUGCAGUGCAGCCAUGUCCCUGCUUGGCUACCUGCCCGUGAGCAGUGAUACACAGCAGAGAGACCUUAAGAUGGACCUACUGAGUCCACGCAAACUUAAACACUCCAGUGACCCAGACUCUGGAAAUAAAUCACUGAACCAAAUUUGGUAGUAUUUUUAAUCUCAACUACUAAUUUUUGUUUCAAGGGCCAGUGUUCAGUGUUCUGACUCGAAUUCUAUAAAUAAAGUUGCUUCAAAAAUGAAUUGUUCAAGUGGCAUGGGCAGCAGAGGUAACAGGAAGCAGCAU